AUGAGCGACGACGCGCGGAGAACGGGCCGCGUGGACUUCACGGGGACUCUAACUAUCGUGGCGAUUAAGCUGACGUCACUCGCCAUGGACUACCAGGACGGCCUUAAAGCCCUAAAGGACGACGCGAAGCGCGCGAAAGACGGCGAGAAACCCGAGAGCGAGCAGCCGUCGCGCGAUGAUCGGAGAAAGGCGGAGAAGCGGGCGAGAGUGAUUAGAGAGAUGCCGUCGCUGGUGGAGUUUCUGGGGUGUGGUCCCCGUCGGUGCGCUCCCCCUCGCCCAUCCCGCCCUUCCUCCGCGUGCUCGUCCAAGGCUCAUUGGCAGCAGCCGUCUUCCUCCUCAUCUUCCCGCACCCUCGACCUCUCCCUCGCCACCGACCCGGCGCGCUUCUUCGUGCUGCCCUUCCUGCGGCGCCUGCUGCUGGUGUUCCACGCCACGCUCGUGGCGGCGUCAGGUGCCGAGCGACAGGUGGCAUCGUGGGAUAGGGCGCGCAACGUGAAUAUCCUCGGCAUGGAGCUCGCGAGCACGGGCGCUGACGUGGCAAAGAACUGGAACAUCUCCUUCAGCACGUGGCUGCGCAUCUGCAAUGCCAAGGAGAGUGCACUAUUCAACCUGCUCUUCACCUUCUUCAUCAGCGCCAUUUCGCAUGGUCUGAACCUAGGGGAUCUGAUCGGGUUCGCCCACUGGGCGCUCAUGAUAGCGGGGUCGCGCGUCAUCUACCGCUGGCCGUUCCCUCUAAGCCAAAGCUCAUUGGGUUUGAACCCAGGGGAUCUGAUAGGCUUCGCCCACUGGGCGCUGAUGAUAGCGGGGUCGCGAGUCAUCUACCGCUGGUCGCGGCCUCUAGCCCAGGGCUCGCUGCCUCGCCGCGCUGCCUCGCUGCUGCACUUCCUCUACGUGCUGCUCUGCAUCAACUACGCUGGCUUUGGCUUCAGUGUGAUGACGUUCCAGCACACGGUGCAGGCAUACAGGGGGCUCUAUUACUACGGCACAUUAGUGCCUGUGAUGCUCAUCGUGGCAGGCAACUUCAUCCGAACACCAAGGCCCAGGGGGGCCAAGAAAAGCCUCAAGACAGAGUAG